UUGGUAUGAUCCGGUGUCGCCGUCGAAUGCAAGAGGGGACAGUCAAUCGGGUCUUGCAUUAACUGAAGCACCUUAACGACAGAUGCUAUACCGAGACCGAGCUGUCAAACAUGCUGCUCACUGCUUCUGCAUGCCGAUGUAUGAGUCCGAUAUGCAAACGUCUGUCAUUGACGUGCAGAUCGAGUCCAGGCUUCGGUUUCGUACCCACGUACAUACAGCACAAGUCACCCCUGAUGCAUCCUGCAAGCCGUGUUUGACGGUUGUCGUCCCGUUUGUACGCCAGUUACUGCUAGCGCCUGUCCUCCGGGGUAAUUUUAUGUGGAGAUCCCCCAUGUGGGGGAGGGCGGAUGAUCCGGGGAUUGGGUUCUUGAUGUCUGGGGUGGCGGUCGGGGAGACUAUCGACUACCAGGAAAGUCCUUCGGAAGAGGGUGUUGGGACAUGUAUAAGUAGGUUGAAGGAUCCUCCUUGUGUUCCAUUACUAAGUCCUCAAGAAUUUCCUGUUCCUCCUUGUCAAUCACUUUUUCUAGCCAAUCAUACCGCUUUUUUCAAUUCACACAACCACUAGUAUCUCUUCGCAGCCAUGUCCACUGAAAAGAUCGAACACACCAUGACCAACGAGUAUGCCAACAGCGGCAAUGGCUCGCCAUUGACUCGCCAGAUGACUGUUGCACUCACCCCUGAGCAAUACGAGAGAUUGUUCUUCCAGCCUGAGGGUCCUAGACGUGGUGAUCUGUCAAAGAGAUUUGGUAUGUUGAUGACAGUUCAAAUCAU